AUGGAGAAUUUGUAUGAAAUUCUUCAGUCCUCGCCACAAGCUUCUGCUGAAGAACUGAAAAAAUCGUACAUGAGGUUGGCACGCCAGUACCACCCUGACAAAAUGUCUCAUAGCCGCAGUAAUGGCCAGGAGUCACUUUCAGAGCCGUCAAGAUGUGAAGCUAGCAAUGAACAGUCAGAGAACACUUUUCAAAAAAACUGCUCUGACGAAUUUGUAAAAAUUGACCGAGCAUGGAAAAUUCUGAGAGAUUCUGAAUUACGGACACAGUUUGAUUUGAAAUGGCAGGAACGCUGCCUCUCUCAAGACUUACCCAUUCAAGACACUGUUCCGUACGAGGACUUUGACUGGGAUGACUCUGAGGACAUGUAUACAUAUCCUUGUCGGUGUGGUAGUUUUUAUCUUUUAUCUGAGACCGAUGUGAAACUCUUGUAUGAUAUAGUGUGCUGUGAAACGUGUUCAUUGACAAUCAAAGUGGUGUACUCUUGA